AACGGUUCUUGAUCAUUAAAGCCAUCAGCGUUAAACUACAUAAGUAUACACCCAAUACUACCACCGUCGUCAUCAUUUAGUACAUUCCCAAACUAGAACCCCCCGUUCCCGUUUCUUCCAGUCAAAAACCUCAACAGAAACAAAACGGUCACUAAUGGCGCUCAAAACCAUUUCCACAUUUCUCUCCCCCCUCUCUCUUCCAAACCACCACAAUUUCUCGAACUUCAACACGAAAUCUCUCAAUAUUUACAGAAUACCCACUCUCGUUUCUUGCAAAUCCACUCAGUCACAGACCCAAAGCCAGUUCCCACUCUCGGAAACCCAAUUGCUGUCUUCCGAACCCGACGGGACCGGUGCGGCUGCUCCGACCCGGGGAGAUCGGUUCCUCGAAAGGCAACAGGCUGACGAGGCUGCUAAGCUUGUAAUAAAAGAGAUAAGGAAAAGUAAAAAGAAGAAAAAGAAGGUUUUGAAGGUUAACACGUUGGUCGCGAGUUGUUAUGGUUGUGGAGCUCCAUUGCAGACUUCGGAGCUUGAUGCUCCGGGUUAUGUGGAUACGGAUGCUUAUGAAUUGAAGAAGAAACAUCACCAGCUAAGAACGGUUCUUUGUGGGAGAUGUAGGCUUUUAUCUCAUGGGCAAAUGAUAACUGCUGUUGGUGGUAAUGGAGGUUAUCCUGGGGGGAAGCAGUUUGUUUCGGCUGAUGAGCUUCGUGAAAAGCUCUCUAACUUGCGCCAUGAGAAGGCUUUGAUUGUUAAAUUGGUUGAUAUUACAGACUUCAAUGGCAGCUUUUUAUCUCGUGUGCGUGAUCUUACUGGUGCAAAUCCUAUAAUACUAGUUGUGACAAAGGUUGAUCUCCUUCCUAAAGGGACUGAUUUUAAUUGUGUGGGUGAUUGGGUUGUGGAGGCCACUACAAAGAAGAAGCUUAAUGUUUUGAGUGUGCAUCUUACUAGCUCAAAGUCCUUAGUAGGGAUUGCUGGAGUUGCAUCAGAAAUCCAAAAGGAGAAGAAGGGGCGGGAUGUAUACAUUCUGGGAUCAGCAAAUGUGGGAAAAUCUGCGUUCAUAAGUGCUUUACUGAAAAUGAUGGCACAAAGGGAUCCAGCAGCUGCAGCAGCGCAAAAGUACAAACCUAUACAGUCUGCUGUACCUGGAACUACCUUAGGUCCAAUUCAGAUUGAUGCAUUCCUUGGAGGAGGGAAAUUGUUUGAUACACCCGGUGUUCAUCUUCACCAUAGGCAAGCUGCAGUAGUUCACUCAGAAGAUUUACCUGUCCUUGCUCCUCAAAGUCGGCUUAGAGGUCAAUCAUUCCCUGAUUGCCAGGUGGCCUCCAAAAAUGGGAUGGCAGGGAAAUUCAACCCCAUUGGAUUAAAAGGGUUCUCAAUAUUUUGGGGUGGUCUUGUCAGAAUUGAUGUCUUGCAGGUUCUGCCGGAGACAUGUUUGACAUUUUAUGGACCAAAGAGGUUGCAGAUUCAUGUUGUACCCACUGAUAAAGCAGAUGAAUUUUACAAGAAAGAACUUGGGGUUAAAUUGACACCGCCGACUGGAAAAGACAAAGUAGAUGAAUGGAGAGGACUGGAGACAAUGCAGCAAUUGAAAAUUAAAUUUGAAGAUCCAGAAAGACCUGCUAGUGAUGUGGCUAUCUCAGGCCUGGGUUGGAUCGCCGUUGAACCGAAACGCAAGUCUCUUCGAAUUUCUGAUAAUAAUUUUGCAGAAACCAUCAAAGAACUGCAUUUGACAGUCCGUGUACCCGGGCCAGUUGAGAUUUUUGUUCGGCCUCCAUUUCCAGUCGGUAAGGCUGGAGCAGAAUGGUACCAAUAUCGUGAGUUGACAGCAAAGGAAGAGGAAGUAAGAUCAAAGUGGUAUUUUUGACGGGUUCUUGUUUCCUGAUUCUGUGUUCCAUGAAUGUGCUUGGUUGUAAAGUGCGGAAAACUGUAUACACAUAUAGUGAAUUAGAGAAUUUGGACAGUAGAAGUGUAAAACUGAGGGAGCUUGUUACAGAAAUUAUGUAUGUAGAGAUUGCGACAGAAGGUUAGAAAGUUGGACUUAAUUUGAGUUUUUUUUUUAAUGCUU